AUGUCUCUGAACAACUCUCCCUAUCAUCCUCCCCUAUCCUCUUCUUCGUCUAGGCAGUCCCUGCACAAAGAAGCACUGUUUCGACCAGGCACCGCCUCUUCGCGGCCAAGUGAUCGACAGUCCAGAGGGCAACUGCCUGAGGGCCGCUCAUCAACAGACGAAACUCAUCAACCCCCGGGAACAACUGCCUUGCCCUGCCAAGAUGAAGCUCUGGAUGAGACCGAAGAUCAUUCUGAGGAAGGCCAAGAAAAUCUGACUCAUCCCACAUUCCAGCCGUUCUUCGCCUUGAUUGAAGACGCCCAUACCUCAGACUACCACCACCCAACAGUCCACUACAUAUUCUCCGACGAUGACACCGAGAUCGUGACAGAGGCAGCCCUGCGUAGCUUGGCCGCGCAGCAAGAAGCUCUUUCCGAUUCCAAGAAAGAUCAGAUCGCGCAGACCCAAUCGCCCACUCUGCAGGACGAGAUGAAAGAUCCCUCCGACCCGGACCUAGCCAAGUCCACCCUACUCCCACCGUCCGUUCCAGGUAUCCGAGAUAAUUAUGUCAUUCUCGACAUAGAGCCCUCACCACACACACCUGACGUAGGGCAAACUAGUCCUAUAACCGAACAACUAGCACCGGGCAAAGGCGGGGGCGGUACAAGGUCCAUAUCCUCGUCACCGGCGAACCCUUCCGUGCUCCCACAGGAUCAGGGGCAGUUACACCCGCAGUAUCGCGUUACCGCGGCGCAGAGCUUCUCGUCAACUUGGCAGGUUCUCAGUACGGAAGUGGCGACGGCGCCCACCUUUGAGAAUAACAAUUCCGGCGAAUCACCAGGACAGGGGUUGAUGCUGAAGAUCCGUGGCACAGGUGGACUGCCGAUUGAGGUAGGUAACACGGAGAAGGACCGUACACUGGAAGAGAUGAUGGACCAGUUUGCAAAGCGGAUGAGCGAGUUGCAGGUUGUUAUCGAUGCUGCGGAGGCCGUGGAUUUGAAAGAAGAAUAUACCGAAGAAGAAGUUGUGCAACAUCCUUUCUCUCAAGACACAGCUGAAGAGACUACCCAGGGCGAGGGGGAUAGUGCUGCAUAUGCUGCAAAGGUUGAAGGGGAACAUUCUUGA